AUGGCUGCGCCAGCUUCCGCCUACAAGGACCGACAGUUCAUUGCAGUGAUAGGUGAUGAAGACUCGGUGACCGGUCUCCUCCUUGCAGGUGUUGGCCACAUCACAGAUCCUCCCGACGCUCAGAAGAACUUCCUUGUCGUUGAUGGAAAGACUGAGAGAUCUUUGAUAGAGUCUACGUUCAAUCGAUUUACAAAAGAGCGUAGCGAUAUUGGCAUUGUCCUCAUCAACCAACAUGUUCGUCAAACAAUCGACCAUUCAAACCCCACCGAGCAGAACGCUGAUUCAGAACAGGUUGCGGAACAGAUACGGGAUACUGUCGAUAGAUUUCAAGAGGCAUUUCCAGCUGUCCUUGAGAUUCCCAGCAAAGACCACCCUUAUGACCCAGAGAAAGACAGUGUGUUACGACGAGUGAGGAGGUUAUUCGGAGAGUAG